AUGGAGCCAUCCCGCCAAGAGGUGCAGCCUGCAGGCUGCGAGGCCUCUCUUCCGUACUCCCUGGAAAGCCUGUCGAAGAAGCACUGUCAGAACCAGGGGAAUCUUCUCCACUUUGACCGGCAAGCCCCUGGCCGCUUGUCCACGUCGCCCACUUUGCGGAGGUUAAGAAGCCGCGGUUGCGGGAGUGUGCGUGGAGGUGCGUGCGGUACUGCCGCUGCGCAUGCGCCGCCUCAGCACGUGGCCUUGGAAGUGCGCGCCUGGGGCGGCUCGCCGGAGUCCCAUGGCUCCGCAAGUCCACUUUCCGACAAGGUAUGUGAAAGUACAGAGGAGUCUUCUCACUCCCUGUGGCCCCUGAGACUCCACUCAAGAUUGCCUCUGGACUCGGAAAGGGCCCUCGACACAGCCGAGUCGGUUGAGCUCCAAAUGGGGCCAGAUGAAGAGCGUGCCCUUCCCGUGCCUCAGCCCCUGGAGGAGGGGUCGCUUCCUCAGGCCUCCUUUCCCCGGAGAGGAGACCACCCAGCACCCAGCCACACCGCAGGACCUCCCGGGCCUCAGAGAGAAGAAUUGCAUCAGAACAGAUUCUACGAGCACAGGAGGAGUUCUGUGGUGCUCAACUUACCUGGCCUUGAGGUGUUCCCCGGGGACCUUCUGGUGUCAGCUGGAGCUGCGGACUACCUGUGCCAUCCACUUCUGCUGCUGAAUUCAGAAUCCAAAAAGCCAAGAUGGCCUUUCUCCAAGAGAGGAGUGGGCAAAGACAAGAACAAGCAUAUAUCUGAUCUGGAAGACUGCCUGUCCUCUUUGAAGAUUACAGACUUCAGGGACUAUGAGUUCCACACCCUGAAGGAUAAGACCUGGAAUGAAGUCAUGGAAAUGCAUCAGAAACUUCCUACUAAUCAAUCAGACUUGAGAAAGCAGCAGGAGGCUCUGUGGGAACUCUUCACGAGUGAAUGCACUUAUUUUUUGGACCAUUUAUUAGUUCUUAAGAUGAUCUUCAUGAAUACAUUAAAAUAUCUGCAGACUCAUGAAUAUCUCCUGGAUGUGGAUUUAUGGAGACUUUUUGCAAACCUGGAGGAGCUAAGUCAGACAAGCUUUGGUUUUGUGAACAGUCUUUUCCGUAUCUUCAAGGACUACAUUGACAUUUGUGAGACUUCACCAUCGUUGGAUUUUAUUUCCGUGCUCACAAAGUAUUUCCGGGGUAGCCUGUGUCAGAGCCACCAGACCUACUGCCUGAACUACUCGGCUGCUGUCUUUUAUCUUGAGAGCCUGAAGCAGAGACAUGACUUUGGAAUUUAUUUAAAAUGGUGUGAGCAAAAUGACCAGUGCAGACGCCUUCACCUACCUGAGCUGCUCGUGGCCCCGCUACACAGGCUGACUCGAUACCCCUUGUUGCUGAAGAAUAUCUGGAAAAGGAGUACAGACUCUACGGAGAAAAUCAUGAUCUACUCCAUCAAGGAAAAGGUGGAAAAGUCAAUCCGGGAUCUUGAAGGAAAAGUGAAGUGGCUUGACAAUUUUCAGAAGUUCAGACAUCUACAGGAGAUUGUAGUGUGGCCUCCACUUUGGGAUCGAGAUAAAAGGUUUUUCAUUCCAGAGUGCCUGAAACACAUUUUUAAAGAACACAUGGCAGAAAACAUCCUGUCACCAACCAACAGACACCUUCUCUAUGAAGGAAAGCUAACUCUUGCAGAAAGCACAAGAUUCCUAGAUGUUUAUCUGUUUCUCUUUGAUGAUUUCCUCUUAGUUACGAAAACUAAGCGCAACAAAAAGAAACUUGGAGGCUCAGACCCUGGUUUAAUGUGCCCUUCACUUACUCCUGAGCUGCAAACAGUAAUCAAAGAAGGUGGUUCGUGUACAGUAAUUGAUCAGCCCAUUCCACUAGACAGAUUGGUUGUCAGAGGUCUCGAUUCACUCCACGUGUCAGUCUUUGGGCUGAGAAAUGCUUUCCUCAUACAACAUGAAAACAGAUACCGACAAUGUAUAGCGGCAUUCUUAUUACAGGCCCAAACGGAAAACAUCAAGAGAACAUGGAUAGCACAAAUAACAGCAGCAAUCUCUUGCUUCACCAAGAGUCAAGAAACCAAGAAAAUGUCCUCAUUCACUUUGCCUGCAGAAUCCUCGGAAAUUUAG